AAAAAAAAAAAAAAAACCAAAAAAAGGACGAGAUAAGAUGCCAAGAAUCUCACAACCACCUUUCCUCUCAAAAAGGCCGCGUAAGCUCAGCUGGGAUGUGCAUAAAUCGCGGGAAAACAAGCAAUCUUGGUUCGUGUUUAGUGGAGAGGAUGGCUGGCAUUGGCUGCGGGGAUGUGGUGCCUGUCUAGUGUCGGCCAAGCCACUAAACCUAGGAAGUGUGGGGCUCUACCCCACCUGCACACCCUCACCUCACCUCACCUCACCUCACCUCACCCCCCCCCAAAAAAAGAAAAGAAAAUUCCACUAGGGUCAGGCCAGCGAGAGGCAAGGCCACUACUUCUUUGUUUGGUGAGGUUGUCGUAAGGCAAGCCCGGAGCUUAACCAACAUCUUAAUAGGGACUGCGCCGGCGGACGGAAAGCUUUUUAGAUAGAUAAUUCAAUAGUGGGAAUGAGAGAGGAAUGGUCAUUUCAAUACGUUUUUCUACGAUAUGAUAGUUAGUAUCAUCCCACAGUAACUUUGUAUAUACAAAUAACAAUGUACUGUACGGAAGAACACUCCUUACAAUCAUUUCCAUUGUGAUUAGUUACCAGAAUUUUUACGUCAUCUUUAU